CCUAAAUGAGGCUAGCCUAGUUAAGCCUGAUCUUUUUUCUGUUUGUGAAAAGAGCUGAGCAGAGCUGAAGGCUGCGUGGUGUUUUCAGACACUGCCUACUUAAUUUGAAAAGAACAAUGGUAGGAAAGGCUAGAUCUUCCAAUUUUACCUUAUCUGAAAAGCUUGAUUUACUAAAGCUUGUGAAGCCAUAUGUGAAAAUUCUCGAAGAACACACUAACAAACAUUCAGUGAUAGUGGAAAAGAAUAGAUGUUGGGAUAUCAUAGCAGUUAACUAUAAUGCAAUUGGAGUAGACCGCCCUCCUCGAACAGCGCAGGGCCUACGAACCCUUUACAAAAGGCUCAAAGAAUAUGCCAAACAGGAGCUAUUGCAGCAAAAAGAGGCCCAAUCAGAUUUUAAAAGCAAUAUUUCUGAGCCAACCAAGAAAGUUAUGGAGAUGAUUCCCCAGAUUUCCAGUUUUUGCCUGGUAAGAGACAGGAACCACAUACAAAGUUCAAACUUGGAUGAGGCUGCACAAGCUGGUACCAGUUCACUACAGGUAAUGUUGGAUCACCAUCCUGUUGCUAUUACAGUGGAGGUAAAACAAGAAGAAGACAUUAAACCUCCUCCGCUGGUUUUAAAUCCUCAACAUAGUAAUACUUUAGAGCAAAGAGAAGAACAUGAAUUAAUACAUGUUGUGGAAAGAUCUUUGUCACCAUCACUUUCCUCCGUUGAUAUGAGAAUGACAUCGUCUCCAUCUUCUGUACCAAGGAGAGAUGAUUUUUUUCAGCAUGAGAGUGGAGAACACAUUAGGUCACUAUCAGGGUAUGAUCCUCAGGUCCUACAAAUGUUGAAAGAGGAGCAUCAGAUAAUAUUAGAAAAUCAAAAAAAUUUUGGAUUAUAUGUUCAGGAGAAGAGGGAUGGAUUGAAAAGAAGGCAGCAACUUGAGGAAGAGCUACUAAGAGCAAAAAUUGAAGUGGAAAAGCUGAAAGCAAUUCGCCUGCGACAUGAUCUACCCGAAUAUAAUAGUCUCUAAGAUAGUCUCUAAGAUAUUUUUCUCAGUCUUACAAUUAGAAAAUUUUAAUUUUGGCUAAAUUUAAUUUGGGAAUAUUCUGAAGCAGGGUGCAUGUUCUUGAAUAAUGCUGAUAUUAUGAACUUUUUUUUUUUUCUUUUUGGUACUGGAGAUUGAACUUGGGUCCUUGCGC